AUGACGCAAGAGGUCGUUUUAUCAAACAUCAACAUACCCGAAAAAGUAUUAGUUCCUAGCGAACGAUACAAUGUGAAUAACAUCCCUUCCGAUAAUUCCUCGUUAGAUUGUAACUCAACCUUAUAUGACGAAGUCCCAACAUCCGAACUUACGAAUCCAAAUCGAACGUUAUUGCCGGAAUUUUCAAUGAGUGAUCUUGAAAGUGGGCAAAAGCAAGUACCUUGGUCAUGCAUGAAAAAAUGUUAUGUAUUUGGAUUCUGUUUCUUUCCUUUAUGGUACUUUGGAUCUUUAUACGUGAUGAGCAAGAAGAAAGAAAUUAAUUAUUGGGCUAGAUUGUGUGCGUUAAAUGCUGUGUUGAUUUCCAUCGUGAUAUUUGGUGCUUUUAUUGGUGCUCGAUAUGCGGAGAAGCAAUCAUAA